UUGUGGUGUAAGAACAGCACAAGCACUGACCCGAAGAGAAUAGUUAAACGAACCUCGGAGGCUGACAUCAAAGGAGCCUAAUAUUUGAGUGACAGCCAGGAAAAUGUUUCAACGACGAUGGCAGUUUGCUGUGAUCACACUAUUGUUAGGGCUGGCGGCAACCAGCAAAUCUGCGGUGGCACAACAGCAAGAAGAACAAAUCGCUCAGGAAGUGGCUGACCUGGCACACGGGGAUCCAGUACCUGAAAAGGAUCCACUGCUCGAUGACUAUGUGAUCUGUCCGCCUGAUGAAACGUCCGCUGAGAGAAUACUGAGUGAUGGGUUACCAAAAGAAGGACAAGCUACUGGUGGCGGUAAAUUUGCCGAUUUCGCACCCCCAAAUGAGACUCCCGAUGGUCAGCGUCUCCGGUUACCCGGUAUGCGUCCCGGUCCGCGAGAAGAGGCUCUACUUGGCGAGAAACCACCCGUCAUCGAUGAGCAGCAGGAUGUGGAGCUUCAAGAUAUGACGGAGAACAUUCCGGUAGGAGAUGGUUCGUCCAUUGGCGAAUCCAGGGAGGGAUCCGGAGAUGAAGAAGAACCGACAAGGGCUGAUCAGUCCAUCCGCCCACCCCUUCAAAUACCGUUGCGACCGGAGACAAGCAGUGAGCCAACUGACAACGCGAACGGAGAUGCAAAAGGCGGGCUGAAGCAGCUUAACGCUACGAUCCUAUACGGGCUGGCCGAAGGUGAAACGCGAGAACAGGGUGUGCAGAAAUAUUUGGACCAACAUCCGGAAGAAGUUAUCCUGGAGUCUCCGGGGUAUCCCCAGCCGUACCCCAACGAGGUGAACAAUAUGCGCAAUUUCUCCGUUGACGGUAGCCGCGGGGUGCAAAUCACGAUUCAUGACUUGGACCUCAACCCCACCACCGACUUCCUGUACAUUCGGCCGGGCAAUGUGGAUGACGUGAAUGAAAAGGGACCCGUGCUGACGGGAACCUACCAGGAACCGAUACGGUUCCUAAUCAGCCACACGACCUUCUUCACGAUCCACUUCGUGGCACAGCAGAAACCGGAAGUGGAGCAGAAACAUCGCGGAUUUCGGCUUUCGUACGCCCCGUACGGUGAGCUGAAUUCACCGACAACCCCCACAACGACGGAGGUGAUCGUACCGCAAGAGGAGCUGCAGUGGACGAUCAAGGAGCUGGUCAUCACGGCCGACCUGAUGGAACUGCAAAGCACCUGGACGUCGAUCAAGGAAGCAAUAUCGAACGCGAGCAACCAGUACAUCAACAGUCACAACCUUAGCUACAUGCCUAGUCGAUCGUUUGAUGUGAAGCUGCUAGCCCGCAAGUGUCCCGAUACAUGGCGUAACUUUGAGAACUGCGUCCGACUAGAGUUUGCCGUUCCGUUGCGACCCAUAUUUUAUGAGCUGGGGGACGACGACGAGGGACUCGACUUCGGGUUCGGUAAUAAAUUCCUGCAGAAGGGAUUCAUAUCGAUCUCGACGACUGAAGCUACCGAGCCCGCGUACGAACUGAAUGUCGAACGGUUGGAGGAGAUGUGGACCGAAUUCGGACAGAUGGAGGUUCAGCGGACCGGCAUCGAGGUGUACAUUAUGCCGGAGAACGGUCGCAUUCUGAUCACCUGGAUCGCCAUCAGCCUCGCGAUCGUGGGGACGUUCAUGUUUAUUCUGUACACAAUUUGGAAGAUUGACAUUUUCCAGGACUACCGAAGAGUUUCUCGCAACAGUCACGGCUUCUCGGCGGAUGACGACAAGAACGAACUCAAGAAGAAAGAGUUCGAUAUUUCGAUGUUCCCGUCACCACACCAGGUUGUGCCGACGUUCUUUCCAACAGGCGAUCCCUACAAUCCUGCCGAGGCCGAGGCACAGUACGCUUACGAUAAUAACACCAUGAGCCCUUGGUCGGAAGAUUUCAACGAUCCAAGGUAUCCCGAAACGUCGUUCAACACUGGAGAUCCGCAGGACAAUCAGCGGAGCACGGUGACUCGUCCGUACGAACCGAUUUCUCCGGCGGACUUUACUCCAUCGCCCAUUCAGAUGGAUUUUACUGAAUCGCCCCGACCGGAGCGUCCCUCAGCAGGGAACCGAAAUAAUCCAUUUUUAUCACCUCCCGAAGGACCUCGGAAGCCGGCCGGUAUCCCGCCACCACCGCCACCGCCCGGUACGCGGCAAUAAACUGUGGGCAAGUUAAUUAAAAAUAUGCGAAAUACCCCAACAAAGCCCAUAAACAACGUCGUGAGACGGCGGAGAAAAGUGGACGAAGUGGAAAACGGAAAAAUAAUGUUCGAAACCGAAACCUAUCAAGUAUUUAAAAUGUCUUGUUUUGCCACACAGCGGUCCUCGCUUGAAGCCGUUCGUAAGUAUCCUUCGACUCCUACGACUGACCGGUCGGGCCGGUUUCGGCGCCGGGGACUGUCGGGAGUAACUUUCGUGAAUUUUAUGAAAAGUUUGCCCUGCCCCGACUAGUUAUGCUUCGCUGCAAAGGAAGUCACGUUGCGUUCGAAAAAUCAAUUAAUUAAUUUUAUGACGUUAAUCUUCCACGCGAAUUCUAUCUCCGUUCGAUCGAUUGGAGUUGACCGUUUCGUAACGAGUCCGAAAAUUCGAUCCAAUUUCAAGCUCUCCAAUUAUCGCUCCUUCAGCGCACGAAAACCAAUCAACUCCUACGACCGCUCGGCCAGCUAAUCACCGCUGUCGUCCAUCAAAAAGGAGAUCACCACCCGCUUCCCGUUAGCAUGUAUAUAUUUUUUAAUCAAAACUCACUGUCCUACACCCCGUCCAGUGGUGUGCAGCAUGUUUGUGAAAGAGUUUGCGAAAGGACAACCCAACAGAUAGCAACCGGGAGGCUGCUCCUCAUUACCAUACGGCUUCUGGAGCAUGUACCGGUUCCACUCGAACAGUGGACAUAAAAAUAAUAUUGAUUUCAUUUCUUCAUCUGCCGCAAAUUAAGAUCCGUCGGCAAUGCCGAGUAAAGUGCCACCGGCAACAGAAGCCACUGGCCGCCCGUUCCGCCAAGGACCGUCCAAAAUAAGAUAUAAAAUGCUGAAAUUGUGGCAUUUUC